CACAACACAACGCCAGCACGUGUGCAGGAGCAAACACAAGCAUCAUCGCGUGCGUGUCCUCCUCGUGUUGAGUGAGCGAGAAGAAGACCAGACGGCAGACACGGGCAGACGGCUGACAGUGCACACGACAGACAUCGGGAGUGAGCGAGCAAUCGAUUGGCUACCACCUCGUUGCGUGUACGUUUGCUGUGAUACGCAACAUAGACAGCUAGCUGAAGCACUAACCGUCAUCAUGUCGAUGGCACAGCCAAAGGCACGCUCCACAUGGAGCAGUGAUCCUCAAGGAACAACGUGGGCCAAAGACGAAAGCAAGUUUGGCUUUCGUAUGCUGCAGUCCAUGGGGUGGCAGAAAGGACAAGGUCUCGGGGCACGUGCAAGCGGACAGACCUCCCACGUCAAGAUUCGCAAAAAGUCCAACUUUCUCGGCGUUGGCGCCAACAAUGACACGGACAUGAACUGGCUCAAGACACAGGACGACUUUGCCAGUGUCCUUGCUGGCCUGAACAGCGGUGGCGACGGUGACAAUGACGGCAGCAGGCCAAAGAAGGCACCCAGCAUGCGCUCGCGCGUGCUGUACUCGCGGUUCAAGCGGGCAAAGGACGUGAGCUCGUACUCCAAGGAAGACCUGAGCUGCAUUCUGGGCGAAAACACGGUGCGGCCAGAGAGGCGGCAAGGAGAGCGGGAAUCGUCUAUUGAGGGCCCCAAUGGAUGCAACAACAGCAGUGACGACACCGCGGCAGAGAAAGGCGGCGCAGGUGGCACGGUGGAAGAGGAUGCCCGGCACGGCGUGACAACAAUCACGCGGACAACGAGCGUGCUGGACUACUUCACAGCAAAGCUGGCGCGGAAGCAAGGCACGGCCCCUGCAGCAGCAGACAAGACAAGCAGCACCAACAGCAGUGGCAGCGCGAGCAGUGAUGACGAGGGCACCAGCACCACCACGAGCAGCGGCAGCGAUGGCGCGACGGCAGAUGCAUUGACGAAGAAGAGCAAGAAAACGAAGAAGCAGAAGAAGAACAAGAAGAAAGGCGACGAUGAUGGUGAUGAUGAUGGUGAUGAUGGCAGUGCAGGGGAGAGUGGUGGAGAGCCAGCAGCGAAGCGGGCGAAGCAAGCAAGCAGCGACAAGAAGAGCAAGAAGAAGAAGAACAAGAAGGAGAAGCGAAAGGCCAAGGCACAUGAGGAGAAGAAGGACAAGGAGGACAAGGCGGAAGGUGGGGAUGCCGGCAAGGAGGGAAAGGAGAGCAAGAAGAGCAAAGAAAAGAAGGCAAAGAAGACCAAGAAGAAGCAAGACGAUAAGAAGGAGAAGAAAGAGAAGAAAGAGAAGAGGAGAAAGAGUGCGAGUGAAAGCAACGAAAGUGACAGCGGUGAACAAGUGGCAAAGAAAAGCAAGAAGAAACAGAAGAAGGGGGAGGGCAAGGAAGGCAGCACAGCGGUAAUGGCAGAGAAGACGUCAAAAGCGAAAAAGCCAGCCAAGGACAAGAAGAACAAGAAGAACAAGAAAAGCAAGAGCGAGAAGCAAUGACACGCAGGAAGGGAGUGCGUGAGUGUGUGGUUUUGUUAUUGAAGAUAAUGGGGUGCAGUUGAAACAAUGUUCUCUCGCUUGUCUGAGUGUACACAUGCCCUUUCGUGCCUUGCAAUAGAAGCGAAAACCAUCAACCCCCCCCCAAACAUCACCAGUUUCAGCCAUGCACACGCACACACAAAUCACGC